GGAGAGUGCAAUUCGUCUGGGUGCCCCUGCUGUUGGGCCGGCAUUGCUUGGGAAUAUGGAACAAAAUGUAAGACGAUGCACGGCAUCUUUCUAGCUUUAACCUUCUCCCUCUCUGCCCGGCUCCAUCAAUCAUAGAAAAAGCCUAUCAACUCGAUACUAACAGGGUUACAGGGCAGUGCAACUCGUCAUCGCCGGAUUCGUAUCUGCCGAUUUCAGGCGUAUUUUUCUGUGUUCGACGCCUCCUACCUCAUAUCCCAAGUCGUGGUCAACACGCGAUUUCUCCCCAGGUUACACUCUUUGGUUGUGUGGAAUUCAGCUGCAUCUAAUGGAUGUGGUUUCUUCAAAAAGUAGAGUAUCAUAUUCUUCUAUUGCCAAUAUACAAAAGCAGACUGAUAACUAUUGUGCUGUUGAAGACUAUGAUGAUCCUUCUGCAUGGGCAUUGCCGGAUCACCCUAAUGUAGAUAAGAACGACUAUAAUCAUUAUCCAUACCCAUCACUGAAAUCCAAUGAUUCAAUGGAAGGAGGGUAUGAUUCCAGUGAUGAACAGUAUCAUUACGUGCAGCAUGAUACUCCUGAAAUUAACUUGAGAAAUGUGAUGAGUGGUAUAUUUGCCAUCGUUACAGGGCGCAAUAAAGGUGCAGUUUCUAAUCUAACCUGCCAAAAACCCACUUCAAAUGUCUCAUUUCUUGGAUCUGGAGAGAAUGGAGAAACAUUAUUGCAUUCUUCUGUAUACACACCCAGUGCACCACCACUCAUGGAGCCCAAUGUGUCUGAUUAUAAUUCUCAUAAGGAGGUUUUGGAAUCUGAACCUCCAGAGUGGCUUAAAGACAGUUCAACCACUGUAUGCAUGCAAUGCACAUCCCCCUUCACUGCCAUAACACGUGGAAGGCAUCAUUGUCGUUUUUGUGGAGGAAUAUUUUGUAGGGCAUGUUCAAAAGGAAGGUGCUUGUUGCCUGCAAAGUUUAGGGAGAGAAACCCACAACGGGUUUGUGAUACCUGUUAUGAGAGGCUUGAUCCUUUGCAAGGUGUACUUAUCCAUGGGAUUAGCAAUGCUAUGCAGGCUGCAAAGCAUGAUGUCACUGAUUGGACUUGCUCGAGAGCCUGGCUUAAUCUUCCUGUUGGUUUCUCCAUGGAGUAUGAGAUAUACAAGUCAUCUAAUUCUUUGAGGAGCUAUGCUCAGGUUUCUCGGUUAAACCCCGAGAAGUCAAUACCUGCAGCUGUUCUGAAGGGUGCCAGAGGUCUUGCAAUAUUGACCGUUGCCAAAGCAGGCGCUCUUGUUACAUACAAACUGGGGACUGGUCUGGUAGUUGUCCGAAAAUCAGAUGGAUCAUGGUCUGCACCAUCAGCAAUAGCCUCAAUGGGUUUGGGAUGGGGCGCACAGGUUGGAGGUGAACUCAUGGACUUCAUAAUCGUGCUGCAUGACUCUAAAGCCGUUAGAACAUUUUGCAGCCGCAUGCACUUUUCUCUUGGAGCUGGGUGCAGUGUCGCUGCAGGCCCAAUUGGAAGGGUUUUGGAGGCCGAUAUGCGUGCUGGAGACAAGGGUUCUGGGAUCUGCUAUACUUACAGCUGUAGUAAAGGUGCAUUUGUUGGAGUAUCACUAGAGGGAAACAUUGUGGCAACCAGAAUGGAUACUAAUCUUCAGUUUUACGGUGAUCCAUAUCUUACUACAGCUGAUAUCCUUCUUGGGACGGUGGAAAGACCUAGGGCUGCUGAGCCAUUGUACAAUGCCCUUGAUGAACUAUAUGCUAAAGUUCCAUUGCAGAUUAAAUCGAGUCCCUUUCAAUCUUAAAUGUUUAAGCUCAGAUAUGUGCUUGUUAAUGACAAACAAAUUGUACAGUGCCAUAUUGACCAGAAUAAGUUGGUGUUUUCAUUAUACUCAUGUACAGAUAAGUUGUACAUAUAUGCUGUCAAUGUAUAUGAUCUUGAAUUCCCAUGUUGUGAAAUUGGUUAUGACGGAUCUUUAAUUCUUUAUGUCUGUUGUAA